AUGUCCACGCACUUCAGGUCCCAGGUCUUCAGCUCGCGCUCGGCCACCCACCCCGGCCGCAGCGCCUCUGUGCGCCUGAGCGCGGGCCGCUCCGGGGGCCUCCGCAGCAGCGGCUUCUACGGCCUGGGCGCCUCGCGACCCCGUGGGCCUAUGUCCCCCCCCUACCAGGCCCCGCUGAUGGCUGGCAUCCGCGAAAUCACCAUCAACCAGAGCCUGCUGACCCCGCUGAAGGUGGACAUCGACCCCUCCCUUCAGCAGGUGCGCCAGGAGGAACGGGAACAGAUCAAGACCCUCAACAACAAGUUUGUAUCCUUCAUUGACAAGGUGCGGUUUCUGGAGCAGCAAAACAAGCUGCUGGAGACCAAGUGGGCGCUGCUGCAGGAGCAGAAGACAGGCAAGAGCAGCCGCCUCCCAGGCAUUUUCGAGGCCCAGAUAACGGCUUUCCAGAGGCAGCUUGAGGUGCUGCGGGCAGAUAAGGAUCGCCUGGAGGUGGAGCUGAAGAACACACAGGAUGCUGUGGAAGACUUCAAGAAUAAGUAUGAAGAUGAAAUCAAUCAUCGCAUGAGUGCUGAGAACGAGUUUGUGGUGCUGAAAAAGGAUGUGGAUGCUGCCUACAUGAACAAAGUGGAGAUGGAGGCCAAGGUGCAUUCCCUUAAUGAUGAGAUCAAUUUCCUGAAGAACCUCUAUGACAUGGAGCUGGCAGAGCUGCAGGCCCAGAUCUCAGACACGUCUGUGGUGCUGUCAAUGGACAACAGCCGCACCCUGGACCUAGAUGGCAUCAUUGCUGAGGUCAAGGCCCAGUAUGAAGAGAUGGCCAAGCGUGGCCGGGCAGAGGCUGAGACUCAGUACCAGAUUAAGCUGGAAACCCUCCAGGCCCAGGCUGGGAAGCAUGGAGACGACCUCCGUAACACCCGGAACGAGAUUGUGGAGAUGAACCGGGCCAUCCAGAGGCUGCAGGCUGAGUCUGACAACGUCAAGAACCAGUGCGCCAAGUUGGAGGCUGCCAUUGCGGAGGCUGAGGAAAAAGGGGAGCUGGCGCUCAAGGAUGCGCGCACCAAGCAGGAGGAGGUGGAGGCUGCCCUGCAGCGCGCCAGGCAGGACAUGGCCCGGCAGCUGCGCGAGUACCAGGAGCUGAUGAACGUCAAGAUAUCCCUGGACAUCGAGAUCGCCACCUACCGCAAGCUGUUGGAGGGCGAGGAGAACCGGUUGACCGGUGAUGGAGUGAACAUCGUCUCGGUGUUGAAUUCCAUUGGUGCUGGUGGCAAUGAGCUGACCUUCGGGGGAACCAUGGGCAGCAAUGCCCUGAGCUUCUCCAGCAGUGGGAAGCCUGGGACCCUGAAGGCCUAUUCCCUCAAGACUACUCAUAGGAGUGUCCGCAGCUAA